AUGUUCAAAAUCGAGAAAAAGCUUCCUCAAACUGAAACUUCAAAACAUAUUCAACCUAGUGAAGCUCUACAUUGCGCAUAUCAAAAUAUAGGUACCGCAUUACCGACAAACUUACGACAAGAAUGGAGAUUAGUUGGCCAGAUACCAUCCCGCGUGGAAACCUUUGAGCAGCAAACCGAUAGAGCUUUAAAAUUGUUGAGGUCAAAGGAGACACAACUGGAGAAAUAUACACUCAUGGCUCAAUUGCGUAACAACAAUACCCGUCUCUUUUACAAGAUUGUCAAUGAGAAUAUAGAGGAAUUUGCACCUAUUAUUUACACUCCAACUGUGGGUGAAGCUUGCCAAAAAUAUUCCGAGCUUUAUCCUUUCCUCGCUCCACCAGGCACACCUGAUGGAUUAUAUAUUCGACUUGCGGAUUUACCAAAUUUAGAUGAAAUAAUCGAAACAUAUAAGCAUAGAGUGGGUGAUCAUGCUGACAUUACUGUGAUCACAGACGGCUCACGUAUCCUAGGCCUUGGUGACCUCGGUCUCAAUGGUAUGCCUAUCAGUAUGGGCAAAUUACAGCUGUACGUAGCUGGUGCGGGAAUCAAGCCCCGUAAGACAUUACCGAUUGUAUUGGAUUUCGGUACAGACAAUGAGGACAAUUUAAAGAAUGAGUUCUACCUUGGUGUUAGAGAAAAAAGACCGGAUGAUAACACAUUUUACAAUGCCAUUGACCAAGUAUUAGCAGCUUUAAUUCGUCACUAUCCUGAUAUUGUCAUUCAAUUUGAAGACUUUUCAAGUGAUCACGCUUUUGGAAUUUUGGCCAAGUACAAGAAUAACAUCCGCUGUUUCAACGACGAUAUACAAGGCACAGGCGCUGUCAUUUUAUCGGGUAUGAUCAAUGCUUUUAGAAGAGUAGAAAAGGAAUCAAAGGUAUCUAUCCGUGACCACCGUAUCGUCUUCCAUGGUGCGGGUUCUGCUGCUGUAGGUGUUGCAAAGCAGAUUCAAGAUUAUAUGGAAAAGGAGCACGGAUUGUCUGAAGAAGAAGCAAAGAAGAUUUUCUAUUUAUGCGACUCUAAAGGUUUGGUGACUUCGGACCGUGGUGAUAAACUUCCUAAACAUAAAGUAUACUAUGCUCGUCAUGACAAUGAGGGUAAACAAUUCAAAUCUCUAGAGGAUGUUGUUGACUAUAUCAAACCCACUGCUUUGAUUGGCCUCUCGACAGUACAUAAUGCAUUUAAUGAAGGUGUCUUGAAACGUAUGAAGGAUAUCAACAAUCAACCAAUCAUCUUCCCUCUCUCUAACCCUGCUACAAAGUCGGAGUGUACUUAUGAAGACGCUUUGAAAUAUGCAGGCAACAAAGUUAUUUUUGCUUCUGGUACUGCUUUCCCCGCUAUUGAAGAUUCUGAAACCAAGGAACUUCACAAACCAGGUCAAGGCAAUAAUAUGUACAUUUUCCCUGGCCUUGGUAUGGGUGCUAUUCUUGCUCGUCCCAAGCAUAUCACAGAUGAUAUCGUUCUCCGUGCUUCCAAGGCUCUUGCUGAUUCUCUCACAUCCGAAGAGCAUGAGCAAGGUCUUUUGUAUCCUGAACUCUCCCGUAUUCGUGAAGUUUCCGCUUCCGUUGCUGCUGCUGUCGUGGAUCAGGCUGUCAAAGACAAACUUGCUACUGCCAAUGAGGUUUUGUCAGUCAAACCUAACGAAUACGUCGAUUACGUUCAAUCUCGCAUGUGGACUCCUACAUAUGAAGACUGUAAACUAUAA